AUGCGCGGCGCGGGGUGCGGGGUGCGGUGGGAGCGAGCGCCCAGCCCAGGUUGUAGCCGCGCGGAGCCUGCCGGAGCCGAGCGCGGUGCAGGGGCGGGGACCGAGCCGCCGCCCCCUCCUCCCGGGCGCCCCCCGGGCUGCGCUCGCGGGCCCACGCCCCCUCGCCUCGCGCCGCCGCCCGUAGGAAGCCGGGGAGUCCCGGCGCCGGGGCCACCGCGCGCGCUGUCGCCCGCUGCAGCGGGGUGGAGGGGAGGGACGGGUGGUGGCGGGGACGAGAAGGAGGAGGAGGAGGGACAGAGCCCUCGUGACCUAGCCACCUCUGAAAUCCCACUUUUACUUCUUCUGUUCCUUCUGCUGCUGCUAUCCGGGCCCCCAGCUGUGCAGCCGGUGCCCCCAACCUGCUAUUCCAGGAUGCUGACCCUGAGCCGGGAGAUCACUGGGGACUUCCAGAGCCUGCAAGCUGCGGAGCCUGAGGAGCCAUGCGUGAGAUACCUGCCCGGCUUGUACCUGGAUAUUCACAACUAUUGCAUGCUGGCCAAGCUGAGGGACUUUGCGGCCUCCACCCAGUGUUGGAAAGUGGCCCAGGUGGAUGGCCUGAAGGAGAAAGUGCGGAAGCUGUACACCAUCAUGAACUCGUUCUGCAGAAGGGACUUGGUCUUCCUCUCAGAUGACUGCGACGCCUUGGAAUACCCAGUCCCAGUGACCAUGGGUCCCCCAAACCAUCAGAGCUAG